UCAUUUUUGGCGGGGGCAGCGCCGGCUGAGGAGGGAAGCGCUUGGCUCUCCGCGACCGGCUGCGGUGCGGAUGCGUAUGGAGGAAUCCUCGUGAAAACGGCGCCCGACGUUUUUCCCCCCUCCCAAAAAAACCCAAACAAACCACCCACUUGGAUAAUUAAAACGGUUUUUGGCAGUAUCCUGUGUUGCUAAGGCUGAUUUAAUUCCUACUACCAGUCCUAUUCCCAGAGGCAGCUUUUCCAAGGUGAUUCCUGACACAGGAGAUGGUAACUGCUCCGGGUAAAGAUCGUCUUUAAAAGGGAACAUGGAUUUAAUAAACUCAACUGAACAAAACAGUACAUCAGAAGAACCUUUCAAAUGGGCAACAUCCAAGAUUCUCAUUUCCAUUACCCUGUCUGUGCUUGCUCUAAUGACAACGGCCAUCAAUUCUCUCGUGAUGACUGCAAUAAUUGUGACAAGAAAGCUCCACCACCCCGCCAACUAUCUCAUCUGCUCUCUUGCAGUGACUGACUUCCUUGUGGCAAUCCUGGUGAUGCCCUUCAGCAUUGUCUACAUUGUCAAGGAGGCCUGGAUCAUGGGGCAGGUGGUGUGUGACAUUUGGCUGAGCGUGGACAUCACGUGCUGCACUUGUUCCAUCUUGCACCUCUCCGCCAUUGCUUUGGACCGGUACAGAGCAAUCACGGAUGCCGUGGAAUACGCCCGGAAAAGGACACCUAAGCAUGCUGGCAUCAUGAUAGCAGUGGUAUGGAUCAUAUCCAUUUUUAUCUCCAUGCCACCUUUGUUUUGGAGGCACCAGACAACCAGCAGGGAGGACGAAUGCAUCAUCAAACACGACCACAUCGUCUCCACCAUUUACUCCACGUUUGGCGCCUUCUACAUCCCGCUGGCCUUGAUCCUGAUCCUUUACUACAAGAUCUACAAAGCAGCAAAGACAUUUCACAGGAGAAGCGUCAGCCGGAUCGUGAGGGAGGAGGGAGUGAAUGGACAAGUCCUUUUGGACGCAGGUGAAAGAAGCACCAAAUCAGCUUCAAUGCCCAGCACAACAGAGAAGACCUCAGAUGCCCUGGUGAGCUCCGAUAAAAUCAACAUCACCCUACGAAGCCCCAAGUCUGAAUCCAAGCACGAGAAGUCCUGGAAAAAACAGAGAAUCUCCAGCACAAGAGAGAGAAAGGCAGCAACAACACUGGGUUUGAUCUUGGGGGCGUUUGUGAUCUGCUGGCUCCCGUUUUUUGUAAAAGAAGUAGUUGUUAAUACCUGUGAAACAUGUCACAUCUCAGAAGACAUGUCUAAUUUCCUAGCAUGGCUGGGAUAUAUAAACUCCCUUAUUAACCCUUUAAUCUACACAAUCUUUAAUGAAGAUUUCAAGAAAGCAUUCCAGAAGCUUGUACGGUGCGGGCAAUACCUUUAGGAGCAUUUGUUCAUAUGAGGAGAACAUAGUCAUUGUUUUUUAACCUGUAUAAAUUUAUAUAACUGAGAUGGCAUUUGUUGUAUUUAAGGCAAAGCACCAAGACUCUCCAUUUACAUUAUAAUGACUUUUUUUUGUAUAGGUAAUAUUGGGAGCAUUAACUACCCAAGUUUUAAAGAGAUGGAUCAUCUGGGAUUGGAUUUGCUCUAAAAAAGCGGUAGCAUAGUGUGGCUCUGAUCCAAUUGGGAUUUGCACAGCUGCCUAGCUUGAAGCAUAAGGUAUUAGCUUAUAUAUGAAGGAAAUUUGCAUUUGAAGUAGACAAAGAAACAAAACUUUUCUAAAAGUAAUUCUCAAUCAUCAAUGAAAUAUUAAGUAUAACAACUCACACAUUUUAAACCCUACUGAUAUAAGAUAGAAAAUACACCAUGGAAUUUCCAUGUGAUUUUAACAGUCUGGCACAGGCCUGCAGCAUAGAGCCAAGCCAUUCACAGCCAGGAGCAGUAACUUUAAAUAUAUUUACCAUCAUCCUAUAUCAGUCAGCUGAGGGAGCUGCAGCCUUGCCUUGUCCCAUAGAUGGACUUUCCUGUGUUACACAGCACCCCAGCAGCAGGCAAGGGGCUUUCAUGGGUUACCAGUUUCCCAGCAAGCCAACGUUGGGAGCCCUCUGCCAUUGCAGAUGUGAGCACAUCCCCAAGGGAAACAGCCAAACAUCUGGGGCACCUCCAGUGAGCUGGGUACAUGGAGUGCCUGGUGCUCUGAGGCACUGCUUCUGUGGGGAAGGGGAGGCUCAUAAAGAGCAGCUGGUUCUCCUUGUGGAGAUAUUAGAGGGGAGAGAAGCAG